AAUUUUUGAAGUCAAGCGAAAUAUGCGAAAACCGGGAAAAUAUAGGAAUUUUGACGCUAUUUGCCCUUUAAUUUAUUAUAGUGGUUUCCAGUCACUGUGUUCAACUCUCCUCUUCUCAGAUACCGCAUGGCUGCACGCUUCGCCACCUCCGCUGCCAAGCGCUGCCUUCCGAUGCUUCCUUCUCUCUAUGGCCAACGUGUUCGAUCUAGCAAUUGCUUCUGGGGCCCCAGAAUCGGAACCCUAAUUCAACAGACUAGCAGAGAGUGGGAAAGUAGGAAGGUGGGUCCGACGAGAAUCUACGGUGCUGCGCCUACUUGGAAAAAGCUUGUGCCGCUAGGUAAUGAGGCAAUUGUUCCCUGCAUAUCCGAGACAAAACAUAUGUCUUCCAAUGGACUCUCGGAUCACAUGUUUCCCAACUCUAAGCCUGUGCCUUACAUUUAUAUCCUCUGCGCUGAUGAACAUGAAUAUAUGUAUUUUAGUGCACAUUCAGUUGAAGAGGAUGGGACCAUCUCUUCCUCACCAAAAUAUUACGUUUAUCCUCCCUCUCCUUUGAAGGAAACUUGUUACUUCACUGCCGUAAGUUGUAAUGGUCUAUUACAUUUUGAAAAUCUGCAGCAUGAUGAUUUUCUUUGGAACCCAACAACCAAUGAGUUUAAGGCCCUCCCUGACUCCUCCUUUGAUCACCAACACCCUCAUGGUAUUGUUGUUACCAAUCUUAAGCUUGGUUGUGUAAUGUGGUCUGACAAUAGAUGUGCAGAUAAUUUCAAAAUGCUGCAACUUGUUUUGGCUAAUACGGCAGAUGUUGAAGAUGAGAGUAGCAUUGAUCUGAGUUACCACAUUCACUUGUAUUCACUCAAAACUAAUUCCUGGAAGAAAAUACCAUGCUCAGAGUUUUUUUAUCUUCAGGGACCUGGUGUUGCCAUUAAUGAGGUUUAUUAUGCUCCAGGAUAUUUAAUCGAAAAUAAAGAGAUUGGAGUUCUCCUUUCAUUUGACUUCUCUACUGAAACUCUUUCUAGUAUACCUAGGCCACCUAUCCAAAAUGGGUGGAGUCGUGUGAUUUUUUUAGAGUAUAAAGGCUUGUUUGGUUAUGUUCCAUGCUGGAAGGAUGAAAAUGAGAUACCGGUGAGAUUUGAACUUUGGGUUAUGAAGAAUGGAUCAUGGACAAUGGAAUCUGUUUUCCAUACAUGUGGUGUUUCAAGGCCGUUAUGGUUUUCGAGAAAUGGUGAGCUAUUGUAUUUUUCAAGCUUGAAUGAGGAAGUACUCGUGUUUGAUCGUGUCACUGGAAAGUUGAAUCAUCCCGGUAUCAAUUUUUGUUGGCCUAGAACACGGCUAACUCCAUUUGUUGAGAACUUUGUUCAACUGAAUGGAAUUUCACAUGCUGAGGCUGAUGAUAUGGAGAAAGAAGAAGAAGGAGGAGAUGAAGGAUACUUAAUUGAAGCAACUGUUGAUGCAAGUGUAGUUUGAUAAUUCUAGCUUGUUAUCUUCCCUAUUUAAUUAGCGUAUUUUGAGAUAUGAUUAGGUUGUUAGCUUGGUAUCUUCCCUAAUUCUAGCUAAGUUGCAUACUGCACCAUGAAACUACUACUCACUGAUCUGAAAUUCUGGUUGUGUGGUUUACUGUCAUGUUAUGUGAUCAUCUCUUGGGAAAUUGCUUCAUUGUAAUAACCCUUCAAGAUAAGUUUUCCCCAGAGACACUCCCAUGAAUUCAUAUGUUCAUUGCUGAUUCUGCUGAUGAAUCCAAGAAUCCUACUUCUACACGAAGGCAACCAGCCCCUGGAUGCUGAGAGCGAGUAGGAUGCCAUGGAUUCUCUGAUGAAGGGCAGGACAGUGCUGGUCAUAGCUCAUAGGCUUUCGACUGUCAAGACUGCUGACAUUGUAGCAGUCGUUUCUGACGGUCAGAUUGUAGAAAGGGGCACUCACGACGAACUGCUGAGUGGAGACGGAAUCUACACUGCCUUGGUUAUGAGACAGUUACAAGGACCUGUAUCUCAAAUCUAGUUACAUUGUAAGUUUUUUAGCCAUUUUCACUGCUAUGCAAAUUGGCAACUAAAUUUUUGUAUUCUUCUCUACUGAAGUUGAGAAAUUAUCUGAUACAAAAUUUCUUUGAAUCAAAGAUUAGCUUCUAAAACAA